GGUACUACCAUUUAAACUCAACAAUAACUUCAUUGCAUAAAGCGAUCGAGCAAGUGUCUGACAUUAACGCUUGGUUUGUCAAUAGAGCGACUCAUUCACGGGCGUGUAGACGGACAAUGUGUGGCAAGAUGGAGGUACGCCGUCUGAGAAAGUGAACGACGACUCAAGUAACCAUGCGAGGCCGACAUCGACCCUUCCUCCUCGGUCUCCUGACAUUCCUCGGGACGCUGACAGUGUCGUCUGCUCGGGCCGUCUGCCGCCAUAAGGUCCAACUGAUGACCUUCAACGCUGACCUAAGUCAACUGGUCCCACAUUAUAAGCAACGGAAAGAGCUGAUCCCAUUGGCUCUCGCGGAGACAAAUGCUGACGUCGUCUGUCUCCAGGGGAUAUGGAAGGGUUCUGACGUGGACCAUAUCUCGACAGCCGUGAAGGGCGUCUUCCCCCACUCCUUCAGCAACGUCCACUACACCGUGGGCGAGUCGGAGUCGGAGGUGAAGAAGAUGGUGAUCUGGACCUGGCUGGAGAAGUACUUCCCCAUGCUGAGAGCCGAACCCUGCAAGGUGAUGGAAGCCGUCCCCAUGGGGUACUGUCUGCUGUUCAGCUGUCAAGGUCUGUUCGGGACUGAACUCAUGAAGUGUAUGGCGUCCAACUGUGCCCGCUACAUGAACGAGAUCAGCGCCGCGUGUAUCGCGUGUAUAGUUCGGCGACCGAACAAUGCCAAGUACGAGGCCGAGUGUGGUGAAGCUGUAGCGUUUCCGGGGAUGUCGGGGAGAAGGAACAGUCAUGGGCUUCUGAUGCUGAGCAAGUUGAACAUCACGGGGACGACCAUGGUGCGGCAGCAGACGGGGAAUCAUGGAUUUUUGAAGAUUGAGAUACAGGAUGUCGGUAGUGUUAUUUGUGCGCAUCUACACGCCAGUGAUCAACUUCCGGCCGUAGAAGAUUGCGGCGAGAAGGACGCUAAUCCUAACCGCGCCUAUGACAAUCUCAUGGGGGUGUAUAAUAUCAUGUCGUCGGGGGACACGAAAAACCACGUGAUUAUGGGAGACUUGAAUACCAGCCCACAGCUCCCGUGGAACAUAACGCCGUUGUUUGGGGCGAGUUACGCCGCCCUCAUCUAUGCCGGUUUCUCUAUUCCGUAUGUGGAACACAUUGGCCACUGCAGCUACUGCGCAGACAACAGACUCGUCCGCAGCAUGGGCUACAACAAGAGCCAUAUACUUGACCAUGUACUGACCAAGGGGUUCGUACCGUACAGCGCCAAGCGGACACUUGAGAGUUACAGGGGAGAGCCCUUGUCGGCUCACUACGCCGUUCAGGUCGGCAUCUGUGUGGAUAAGAAAUAGAAGAGGUCAAUGAACUACCAGUUUUAUCUUCAUGAGGUCCGCGGUCAACACUGACGGAUGGCGCCGGGUCAGACGUUUUUUUGAGUUGGGUUUACUCCAAAACAUCGAAAUGUGAAAUAUUAAAAAUUUCAAUAUAAGCAGUUGGAUUUUUCAUUCCGCAGACCAGUAAAUUGUAAAAUGUUAAAAACAAAACAUUUACUGUCGCUAUCAAUGUAAAUAAAUAAUUUGCAGUACUAUGAUAAAACCAGUUUGACUUAAAAACUUAAAAUCACUACAAAUAUGAUGAAUCGCGAGAGGAAAUCAAGAGAAAUAUUUCAAAUUUUAAUUUU